GCGUGAGUGUUUGAGAGAGAAAAAAUGUGCUCUUAAGCAUUCCAUCAUUUACAUCCCUGCAGCCUCUCUCUGUCCCACCAACCCCUCCUCCAAAAGAGAGAGAGUCAAUACGCAGAGAGGAUUCCAGUCUGCCGGAGCACAGCACUGCUCACUUUCUUGAGAGGAGAGAGGCAGAGAACCACAAGCCUUCUCCUUCUCCUCCUCUUCUGUCCGUGUGAGGCUGGUACACGCCUUUGCUGGUGGACACAGCAGCAGUGUUAGCAUUAGCAGGGAAUCUGUGCUCGAGCUUCCAAAAUGCUCAACAACCUCACCGAAUGUGAAGAGGGUGAUGGGGGACCCAACAGUCAGGGAGAUGCAACAUCCAAGGAGAGCAGCCCCUUUAUCAACAGCAGCACCAGUGACGUGGAGAAAAGCCAGCAGUAUGAUGGGAAACACAUGGCCCUGUUUGAGGAGGAGAUGGACACCAGUCCCAUGGUAUCUUCUCUGCUGAGCAGCCUCGCCAACUACUCCAACCUGACGCAGGGCAGUAAAGAGCAUGAGGAGGCAGAAAACAAUGAGGAGGCGCGCAAGAAGACCGUGCAGGCUCCGCGUAUGGGCACCGUCAUGGGCGUUUACCUGCCGUGUAUGCAGAACAUCCUGGGGGUGAUCCUGUUCCUCAGGAUGACCUGGUUGGUGGGUGCUGGAGGUGUCCUGGGAACCUUCAUCAUCGUCUUCAUGUGCUGCUCCACGACUAUGCUGACUGCUAUCUCAAUGAGUGCUAUUGCCACCAAUGGAGUUGUGCCAGCUGGAGGUUCAUACUACAUGAUCUCUCGUUCACUGGGGCCGGAGUUUGGCGGGGCUGUUGGGAUAUGUUUCUAUCUGGGCACCACUUUUGCAGGAGCCAUGUACAUCCUGGGCUGCAUCGAAAUCCUGCUGAUCUAUAUCGUGCCAGCAGCUGCCGUUUUCAAGAUGGAGGGUCUGGAGGGAGCAGAGGCCGAGGCAGCGCUGCUGAAUAACAUGCGUGUGUAUGGGACCAUCGUGCUCUCCUUCAUGGCUAUAGUUGUCUUUGUCGGUGUGAAGUAUGUCAACAAGCUGGCCCUUGUGUUCCUCGCCUGCGUCAUUCUCUCCAUUCUCGCUGUCUAUGCUGGGGUCAUCAAGACUUCUUUUGACCCACCUUUCUUUCCGGUGUGUUUGCUCGGGAACCGAACCCUUGUGUCAAAGGGAAUUGACAUUUGUGCCAAGACCAUAGAGCAGGGCAAUGCCACGGUCACCACCAAGCUUUGGAGAGCCUUCUGUGACUCUGAGUUCCUGAACGCCACCUGCGAUGAGUACUUCACCAACAACAACGUCACGCAGAUCCAGGGAAUCCCUGGAGUCACCAGUGGCAUCCUGGCAGAAAACCUCUUCAGCACCUUUAUGGAGAAAAAUACAAUCCUAGAGAAGCGAGGUGUGCCAGCAGUGCUCGACCCUGAAGCCCCAGUAACCAACUCUAACCGAUACGUCCUGGCUGAUAUCACCAGCUUCUUCACCCUGCUGGUUGGCAUCUACUUCCCCUCCGUCACAGGUAUCAUGGCUGGUUCCAACCGUUCUGGUGACCUGCAGGACGCUCAGAAAUCCAUCCCUGUUGGUACCAUCCUGGCCAUCACAACCACCUCCUUCAUCUACAUGUCGAGUGUGAUUCUGUUCGGAGCCUGUGUGGACGGAGUCGUUUUGAGGGACAAAUUUGGGGAAGGUGUCAACGGUAACUUGGUUAUUGGCACCCUGGCAUGGCCCUCACCCUGGGUCAUUGUGUUUGGCUCGUUCUUCUCCACCUGUGGGGCAGGGCUUCAGAGUUUAACAGGAGCGCCCCGUCUCCUGCAGGCCAUCGCCCGAGACAGCAUCAUUCCUUUCCUCAGGGUGUUUGGUCAUGGCAAAGCUAACGGUGAACCUACAUGGGCUCUUCUCCUGACGGCCUGCAUCUGUGAGAUUGGCAUUCUCAUCGCCUCCCUGGAUGCAGUCGCACCCAUUCUCUCCAUGUUCUUCCUCAUGUGCUACAUGUUUGUAAACCUGGCGUGUGCGCUGCAGACGCUCCUCAGGACCCCGAACUGGAGACCACGCUUUAAGUUCUACCACUGGGCUUUGUCACUCUUGGGCAUGAGCUUGUGUCUCACUCUGAUGUUCCUCUGCUCCUGGUACUACGCCAUUGUUGCCAUGGUAAUCGCCAGCUGCAUCUACAAAUACAUCGAAUUCUGCGGGGCAGAGAAGGAGUGGGGCGAUGGGAUUCGUGGGAUUUCUCUGAGUGCCGCCCGAUAUGCUCUGAUGAGGCUAGAGGAAGGUCCUCCUCACACUAAAAACUGGAGGCCCCAGAUUCUGGUGCUUAUGGGUUUGGAUGGUGAGCAGAGCGUAGAGCAGCCUCGACUGCUGUCUCUGACCAGUCAGCUGAAGGCAGGCAAAGGCUUGACCAUCGUGGGAGCGUGUGUGGAGGGCACCUACUUAAACAACCAGCCACAGGCACAGACAGCAGACCAAUCCCUCCGGAAGCUGAUGGAGGUUGAGAAGGUGAAGGGAUUCAGUCAGGUAGUGAUCUCCUCUAACCUGCGGGACGCUACCUCACACCUGAUCCAGGCCGGAGGUCUCGGUGGUCUCCGUCACAAUACGGUUCUGGUCAGCUUCCCUAAGAACUGGAGACAGGCUGAGGAGCGCCACCGCUGCAGGAACUUCAUUGAGGUUGUUAGGGAGACCACUGCAGCUCACCUGGCCCUGCUGGUGACCAAGAACAUCUCUGCAUAUCCAUCAAACGGAGAGCGUUUCACUGAGGGCCACAUCGACGUGUGGUGGAUUGUCCAUGACGGAGGCUUGCUCAUGCUCCUUCCCUUCCUCCUGCGCCAGCACAAGGUCUGGAGGAAGUGCAAGAUCCGUAUCUUCACUGUGGCUCAGAUGGACGACAACAGCAUUCAGAUGAAGAAAGACCUGAUGACGUUCCUCUAUCAUCUGCGAUUUGAUGCUGAGGUGGAGGUAGUUGAAAUGCACGACAGUGACAUCUCGGCCUACACCUAUGAAAAGACCCUGGUGAUGGAGCAGCGGUCGCAGAUCCUCAAGGAGAUGCAUCUGACCAAGAACGAGCGUGAGAGAGAGAUUCAGAGCAUCACAGACGUGUCCCGUGGCUCAAUACGGCGAAAGAACCCUUCAAACCUGCACCCCCAGAGGAGCAUCGCAGAGGAGUCGGUGGGAGGAAGCGAAGAGAAACCUGAGGAGGAGUCUGUCCGUCUUUCCCGUCCUCGACAGGUUCAGCUCAUUCAGGGCAAAAAUGCCACCCCCACCCCCACUAGCCCCACCUCCCCAAUUGCUCCCACACCAGCAGCCGUGAGCCCCGGAGAGGAGGUGCAGAUGACCUGGACGGACGAUGUAGAGAAGCCCAAUAACCCAGCUGUGGUCAACCCUGAGAGCAUGAAGGAUAUGUUCAACAUGAAACCGGAAUGGGAGAACCUGAAUCAGUCCAAUGUCAGACGCAUGCACCACGCGCAGGAACUCAAUGGGGUCAUUGUAAAGAAGUCAAAAGAAGCUAAACUAGUCCUGCUGAACAUGCCGGGACCACCUAAGAACCGCAAUGGAGAAGAGAACUACAUGGAGUUCCUCGAGGUUUUGACUGAGGGUCUCAACAGGGUCCUCCUCGUGCGUGGAGGUGGACGUGAGGUCAUCACCAUCUACUCUUGAGGGGCUCAGCUCAACCACCAAAUAUUCCUCACCCCUCGUCCCUCACUGCAUAGACGGAACGUCCCAGUAACCCCGACCUACACCAUGAGCAAUAACGCCCCAGCACAUGACUUUGCACUACAUAGUCUAAAAAGACACCAGCUUAGUAGAUGUCACUUAUUCCACAUGAUUACGUUUAAUCCCUCUCUAUCUUCCUUCUAUUGGUUCAAUUCUCACCUCAGAAACUCAACAGUGUACGUCUCACACAGAUCAGUAAAUGACUGAGUUAGUCUUUAUUACUAGAUUCUGACUAAUUUCCAAAAGCCGGAGGCACCUGACCAAAUACUCUGAUCCAUCUACUCUUUAUUUAAUAUUAUAUACUGUAUCAUAACAAAACACUUUUAGGGGACGGUGACACUAGAUUUUUAGCAUGCAAAACAACUUUAUUUUAAAUGGGCACUUCAAAACAGUCAAUAUUAAAUGUUAAAAUGUGGCAUUUAUUCAUUUGUUUAGUGACCAUUGAAAACCAUCCAGCUUU